AUGUGCCAACCACGGCUUUCCUCGGAACUCAAAAAUACAAUACCCCCCUCCUACCCCCCCCCAAAAAAAAAAAGAGAGAGAGAAAAAGCUAAUAAAGAUAACGCAAAAGACGGCAAAGCCCCCCCCCACACACACACGUUUCUGGACACGUGCUGUGCGCACGCACCGUACUGUCCUUAUUUUUAUUUUACCGUCAGACGUGGCAAUGUACUACCCAAUAAAGUUGGAAACAGGGAUGGUACGUCUUUCCAUAAAGAAACCCAAGUAGUUACGGUUAUGCGCGAAAGUUUUGGAUCGACGGAGGUGGUUGCCUACAUGUCCCCCGAAAGUUAUGGUAAAGACCGAACCGUCAAACGUAACACGAACAUAUCACCGAAACAAUAUAUGAGGUGGCCUCCACCCUGCCCUCCGGAACAUGGAGUCGGGCGGUCUGCGUUUAAGUGUGAAGACCGCACCCCCCCCCCCCCCCAACAACCCUGCCGCCGGAUGCCGACCCCAUCUCAAGCCCCUGGAUCCAAGGACCGCGAACGAAGCAGCGAACCAUCCUGA